UACUUCUAUGGAGACUUGGGUCAUAUGGGUUUUAUAAAAUAUGAGGGAAGCUCUGUUGUGUUUAUCCAGCAGCCCCAUGAUCUGGUGGUCGUGGCCGGGCAGCCCGUGACCCUGCCGUGCUCUAUUACUGGAUACCAUGGCAUGGUGCUGUGGGUCAAAGACGGUCUGGCUCUGGGGGUCAACCGAGACAUGUCAGGUUAUCCACGCUAUGAUGUGAUUGGGGACCACAGCAAAGGCGAAUAUCACCUACUGAUUCAGAGGACCGAACUGACCGACGACGGCAGCUUUGAGUGUCAAGCCAUCCAGGCUGCGACCAGAUCUCGACCUGCUCGGCUCACUGUUUUGGUUCCUCCUGAUGACCCUGUGAUAAUCGGAGCACCUGUGGUGAGCUUGCGUGCAGGCGACUCGCUAAACCUUACCUGCCACGCUGACAAUGCCAAACCAGCUGCCUCCAUCAUCUGGAUCCGUAAUGGAGAGGUGCUGAAUGGUGCCGCGUACACCAAGACACUGUUGCGAGAUGGCAGAAGGGAAAGCACGGUCAGCACGCUCCACAUCUCUGCCUUGAACAUCGAGAGCGGCCAACAGAUCACCUGCCGUGCUUCCAACAAAGCGGCACCCAAUGGCAAGGAGGCCACAGUCACCAUCGACAUCCAACAUUUCCCACUGGUGAACCUCUCUGUGGAACCACAGCCUGUUCUGGAAGGCAACCUGGUUAAGUUCCACUGUGCCGCUAAAGCGAAUCCCCCUGUCACUCAUUACAGAUGGGCGAAGGGGGGAAACAUGAUCACAGAUGCAACGGGAGACACUUAUGAGGUGCUGGUUGAUCAUUCCUUCUUCACCGAGCCAGUAUCCUGUGAGGUCACCAAUGCCCUGGGCAGCACCAACAUCAGCCGUAACGUGGAUGUUUACUUCGGACCCCGUCUGGCCGCUGAACCCCAGAGCCACCAGGUGGAUCGGGGAUCAGAUGCCGUGUUCAGUUGCGCUUGGACUGGAAACCCUUCGCUCACCAUUGUCUGGAUGAAAAGGGGCCAUGGAGUCGUGCUAAGCAACGAGAACACCUUGACACUUAAGGGAGUGAGACAGGAGGACGCUGGGAAAUACGUAUGUCGAGCUGUGGUGCCACGGGUGGGAGUGGGAGAGAAGGAGGUCACGCUUACUGUCAACGGGCCUCCCACCAUCUCCAGCACACAGACGCAGCAGGCUCUGUAUGGGGAGAAGGGCCAGAUCAAGUGUUUCAUCCGCAGCACCCCUCCUCCAGACCGCAUUGCAUGGUCAUGGAAAGAAACAGUGCUAGAAUCAGGAACAUCGGGCCGUUAUACCGUGGAGACCGUGAGCACAGAGGAUGGUGUCAUCUCCACCCUCACUAUGAGCAACAUCGUUCCUACUGACUUCCAAACCAUCUACAAUUGCACCGCAUGGAACAGUUUCGGCUCUGACACGGAGAUCAUUCGCCUCAAAGAGCAAGGGUCUUUGCGCUUGGCCGUCAUCAUCGGGGUUGCAGUGGGAGCUUUCCUGGCUCUCAUCGUCCUCAUUGGGACCCUGGGGGCUUUCUGCUGCGCUCGACUGCAGAGGAAGGACAUGCACCUGGUGAUGUCAUCACUCCCAGUGUCCCUCUCUUCUCGGCAGCGAGAGAUCUCCGGCACGUUAAAAAGUGAAAAUCUCAAAGGGGUUGUAUCCGCUAAAAACGACAUCAGAGUGGAGAUUGUCCAUAAGGACCAUAACGCAACCAGAGAACCGGAAGAACACAGCAACAUGAAGCAAAUGAUGAUGGAGCGAUCAGAGUUUCAGCAAGAGUCGGUGUUGAAACAGUUGGAGGUCCUGCAGGAGGAGGAGAGGGAGCUACAACACAUUAAGGAUCCGACCAACGGAUACUACAGCGUGAACACCUUCAAAGAACAGCCGACCCCGACCAUAUCCCUGACAGCCAAUCAGAACGCUGAGGUCCGAAACCCUGCCACAGCAACCCUCGGAAAACACCGCGUCCCCACCGGCAUGUCUUACACCAACAUUUACAACACACUGGGUGCAGGUCCCAACCGACUAUAUGACUACAGCCAGCGUUUCGUACUGGGAAUGGGCAGCAGCUCCAUCGAGUUGUGCGAACGUGAGUUUCAGAGGGGAUCGCUCAGCGAUUCCAGCUCGUUCCAGGAUACACAGUGCGACAACAGCGUCAGCAGCUACAGCAAGCAGGACGGAUACGUGCAGUUCGACAAAGCUAGCAAAGCCUCGGUGUCAUCUUCGUCCCACUAUUCACAGUCGUCAUCCCAGAACUCCGACCUGACUCGACCGCUACAGAAACGAAUGCAAACGCACGUUUAACUAGAGGACUGAACAUCAUACAUGCUUUUGGACGAACACUAAAGCACCCCUGAAUGUCUGGCAUAAACGUUUACAUGGUGUAAUUGAUGCAGGAAGUGCCUCCCGUCGACGGAUGAGCCUGCAGAACGUUCAGAGUGAAACUUUAACUUGAGCUGUGCAUCAGAGCAAUUACACUGAUCAAAUAAUCAUGAUUACAAAAUAAGUGUUGAAUAAAACAGU